UGUGAGUCAACCUUUUGACACUUUUGGGCAAAAUUAUGCUCAGUUCAAAAUUUAAAAUCGCCAAAUAAAAUAUAUAAAAUAUAAUACCAAGAUGUACAUGCAAGCUGAGCAGAAGAGAAAGGGCGCUGGUAGCCACGGUAGCCACGCUAGCUUACUGCAGAAUUAUUACGGUGUUGGAACCCAUGCCCGGAAGACCUCAAGUCGCCAGAGAGUCAGGAAAAAUCAGCCGAAGCCUGUCCAGAAGAUAGCUGCCCCUAAACCACAACCAGUGGCAAAACCAGUGACCAAACCAGUGGCCAAACCAGUGGAGGAGGAGGAAGAUCAUGAUGAAAACAUUGCCAUGCUUUCCAAUGAUUUUAUCCUGAUGCUGGACUGCUCGCCACAGCCGGACGAGGUCUUUUGUCACGAGUCGAGAGAGCUGGGGCUGGCUUGCAUGUGGCUCAAUAAGAUGAUCUCUUGGCGCUGCAAUACACUUUAUGAUCUGCGCAUGCGAAACGCCUACAUGAGUCACCUGAUAGUCUGCUUGAACCGGAGGCAGCUAACGGGCAUCUUUAGAGAGCCACCACCACAGGAGUUGGUCUGGGUGGACUUUGAGGAGAGGAGCAGCAACCUUCACCCGCCGCCGCUGGUGGUGAAUCCCAUGGCCCUGGCCUGUACUGCCUGGAUGCAGGGAACACUAUCGAAUUCGUGUCCCUUACCCUGCUGUAGCAAGAGCUUAGGCUCAGCUUCUCGUCCGCCCUGCCAUUGUGGUGGUCCAAAUGUUUCAGGCUCUUGCUGCUCAAACCAUCGUCACUUAGGUGGAAGCAUAAUCCCUAAUCCCCUAAUGGAGACCUCCACCGAUGACAAGGAGAUUCAAGAAAUAUUGUCCGUUAAGAGAGUUUACUCCUCUUGCGGUAGCCAACGCAGUUUACGCCAAACUCGCUCUCAAUCCUCGCCAGGUCGUCUAACGCCCAGUAAGGCAAAAGCCAAUUCCUUUAUAAAAUCUGAGGAACCAAAGGACAGCCCAAAGGGGGACCCUUCAUCUUUAAGCCAAGAACAGGCUGAAGCUGUUCGGGAAAAUAUGCUCAAGUUGUUACUAAUCAUCAAGAAAGAGUUGAGUGGUGAUCAGGGUGUGGAGUGGAACCAGUACUUGGAGACGGAACUAAGACGAUAUCGGGAUUUUGCCGAAGAGCACAAAGACGAAGAUGAUGAUUGGGUGGCUUGCAAGGAUCAGAAAUCGGAGCGAUUUUAUCUGCUUCUCAAUAUGCAAAAGGAUCUUGUGAGGAUGCUGAUUGAAGAGGGCGUAAAGAUUCCAAAUUAAUUCGGGUUUUUCAAUUUAAAUUUUACAAAAAGACAAAGAAUUUUGUAGAAAAAUUUUUAAAGAAUUAUAAAACUUAAUAAAUAAUUAAGAUACA